AUGACAUCGUAUAAAGAUAUCGUUAAUUCAUCAAAAGAGCAAGAAGCCGAAAAACAACUUUUUGUGAAAUUGAAAAAUUCCAAGAAUAAUCAAGUGUAUGAUUAUGUGUUUAGGAAAAUCAUCUUAUCAUUAAAACCUGGGAUCUCAAUUGCUACGAGUCCAAACGAUUUUUUUUCGUUUAAUAGUAGGGAAUUAAUGACACCUUAUUUAAAAUCAACAUUAAAUUCAUUAUUUGACUCUGUCUCGACUAUUGGAGGGUAUGAAUUUAAUAUAUUGGAAAUUGGAUCCGGUUCCGGUGAACCAAUCGAAUGGUUUUUCGCCAAAGAAUUCUCAAGUCGUAAAGAACGACAGAAAAUCGAUUAUACCGUCAACAUAAUUGAACCAAACCUUCAAUUUAUUAAUUUAUAUAAAGAAAGAAUUAAUAAAUAUCAACGUUUAAUUAAAUUAGGAAUGAGUUAUAAUGGAAAGAUUCAAGAUUAUUACGAUGAAUCUUUGUCCGAUGAAGGAAGGUCUCAAUUACCUUCCCUCCCUAAAGAAGUUCUUAAUAAUGCGACUAUUUCUUCAAGAAUGUCUCAGACAUUGAAAGCACGUCGAGAACUUCUUUAUGAAAAACAAAUCCUUUCUACCUUACAAGAAAGUGAAGCAUCCUCUUCUUCGAAUAGUUCAUCAACAACGAGUCACAAGACCCGUCCUAAAGUUGAAAGUUAUAAAAUGAAUACGACAUAUUCUACUAAAACCUUGGCAGACAUGGCUGCAAUGGGAUUUGCUAGUGAAUUAUUAAAAUGUAACGAAGAAUCAUUUGAUUUUAGAAUUUUAGAAUUCGUUUUAGAUAAACUUAAAAGUUUUGCGUUAAAAGAUGACGAUGAUUCUGUUAAAGAAAUUAAUUUAUGCAGAGGUAAAAGGUUUGAAGAAGAUGUUUGGAUGAUUGAACAUCCUCAAAUUAUAUGCGUAAUUCAUAAAGAAAUCAUUUAA